AGUGUGUGAUCUGUUCAACAUACUUCAGCCAUGUUAUUGUGACUCAUCGCCUUCACAUAUAUUCUCUGAACGCUGCGGCACAGAUUACUGCCCGGGGAACUUUAGCUCGCAUCUGGGCCUGUGCUACACUGUGCUGACGGAAGUCACUCCACCGGGGAGCUUCCUGAGCGCUCUAAUGUCCUGUAACAGCCUGGGGGCUGCUCUCGCCUACCCUGAGACACUCGACGUCCUCGACUUCCUGGUCGGCUUAGUUAAGACUGCAGUAGGUCCUCUCCAGGCGAAUGGUAUCAGUGUGUUGUUUGGACUAAACUUUAGACUAGACUCAACGGUUCAAGGGAUAUACGCUCCAAAUGACGACAUUCUGAGCUUGGCCCAGGGUAGCGGCGGCUCCUUCCGCAUGCUGGACAUCAAUGAAUCGCUGUACUUUAUCAGUGAAAACCUCACCUCGAUUGUACCUACGCAGUAUGCUGUGUGCCAGCUCUAUGGUCCAGAAGAGUGUUGGAACACUGCUCCUGAUGCCAUGGCCAACAUGACGAGGACUUACAACUACUCAGUUACUCUCAAUUCCACCGCCAAUUACAAGUGCUACCCUGGGUACUUCUAUGGCGGUAACGUGCUGUACACCGGGGCCACCAAGACUUGCUUGGGACAGCUGGGAGACUGGGGCUCAUCUGUGGCAAACUGUGUACCGCUUGAUGGUGAGUGAGUCAGAUUCAC